AGGGGUGGCAUCAAUUGACCCGUCAAUGACAAUAAACCGUUGGUUUAUUGUACUCUUCGGACCCGGGGAGCGCGUCCAAAGGUCCCUGGGGUACACAACUUUCCGCGAGAGAUAACACAUCUCGGGAACCCGGUCGACGGGACCAGUGACGGUGCAACUCUAGGAUCGUUCGAUACGCGGUACGCAACCCGUUCCGUACACGUACUCAUCCUAUCCCCUAGUCGUAUAAUCCGGUAAUAAUAACAAUAACAGGCGCCAUGUUCCGUUCCUUGACUCGCCUGUUAGGACCGAGUGCCGCGGUGGACAGUGCGGCUCGAUUACUUCGCUGCAGUACGUCGUCCGUCGCUCUGCUCGACCGAAACUCCUCAUUCGACGCAUCGCGCAGACGAAACCUUACGUGGACGACACAGACAUCGAAAAACUUCAGCUCCACGUCAAUCGCUAUGGCUAAGAUCAAGGCUGGACCCGUCGUUGACAUUCUUGGAGAUGAGAUGACUCGUAUCAUCUGGGACUCUAUCAAGAACAAAUUGAUACUCCCAUUCCUGGAUAUUGAGUUGCACGUUUAUGAUCUGGGUAUGGAGAACCGGGACGCAACUAAUGACCAGGUGACGGUGGACUGCGCGGAGGCUGUAAAGAAAUAUAACGUGGGCAUAAAGUGUGCGACGAUAACUCCGGACGAAAAUCGAGUCAAGGAGUUCAAGUUGAAACAGAUGUGGAAGAGCCCCAACGGCACUAUCAGGAAUAUACUGGGCGGCACUGUCUUCAGGGAAGCUAUAAUCUGCAAGAAUAUUCCGCGGCUGGUGACUGGUUGGAAUCAACCCAUUAUUAUCGGCCGUCACGCCCAUGCUGACCAGUACAAGGCCACAGACUUUGUGGUACCAGGUGCCGGUAAACUGGAAAUCACCUGGACAGGUGAGUCAGGCGACAAAAUCCAGCACACUGUCUACCAGUUCAAGGGGGCUGGCAUCGCUCAGGCCCAGUUCAACACCGACGAGAGCAUCCGUGACUUUGCCCACAGCUCUUUCCAGUAUGCUUUGGCUCGGACCUACCCGCUCUAUCUUUCGACCAAAAACACCAUCCUGAAAAAAUAUGAUGGCAGAUUUAAGGACAUUUUCCAGGAGAUUUACGAGGCUGAGUACCGUUCCAAGUUCGAAGCAAAGAAUAUCUGGUACGAGCAUCGGCUCAUUGACGACAUGGUUGCCUACGCUAUGAAAUCCGAGGGUGGCUUUGUCUGGGCCUGCAAGAACUACGACGGAGACGUUCAGUCAGAUUCCGUUGCUCAAGGUUAUGGCUCUCUAGGCCUGAUGACCUCUGUGCUUCUCUGCCCUGAUGGCAAGACGGUGGAGGCUGAGGCUGCGCAUGGAACAGUCACUCGGCAUUACCGCCAAUAUCAACUGGGUAAAGAGACAUCGACCAAUCCGAUUGCCUCGAUCUUUGCUUGGACAAGGGGCCUACUACACCGUGCUAAGCUGGACAACAACAACCAGUUGAAGAAAUUCGCAGAGACUCUGGAGAAAGUCUGCAUUGAUACGAUCGAGGCUGGAAGUAUGACCAAAGAUUUGGCAAUUUGCAUCAAGGGCAUGAACAAUGUCAAAAGGUCAGACUAUCUUGAGACGUUCGAGUUUAUGGACAAGCUCGCUGACAAUUUAAAGAAGGAGCUGGCCAAGGCGUGACUGCAAACAUACAUGUUCCCCGAUAUCCGGAGGUCGAAGCUUUGAGGCCAGGAAAGGGCUGCUGCUUCAUUUAUUCCAGAAUGUAUUGCCAAUUUUUUCAGUUUAAACCUUCGAGGGGUGUUUAUUGGAUGAGGAAAAUAGUUGUUUUUUUUUUUUUUUUUAGACAAUACAUGCGUUAAUAGCACAACACUCAAGUAUUCUUAAGUAUGAAAAUGCCACUGUUAUUACAGGAACCUUUAGCCUGUGAAAUAUUUUUGUAAACCUAUAAGUCAAAUGAACGAUUUUCGUCUGGUUUUCAAUGUAUAAACAAAAGGUUUUAUAAAUAUGUUUUACAAUGA